ACCGCUGUUGUUUCUCGCCCGGUAUGGGUUUAACCUGCGGUAGACAUGGCGAGUAGGGAGAAUGGGAACGUGUGUGGACAUCUGGCCCAGAGAAAGGGCAUAUCACGAUGGGGUCCGCAACACGCAGGUGCCAGGGAGCUUGCAAAUCUAUAUUCGCCAGGAAAGAGGUGUCAGGAAUGGAUCAGUGUCAUCCUCUGCUUCUCCCUGAUGGCUUUCAACUUCUAUCACCUCCUUUUGAACUUUCAUCUGAGUCACAUUUGGUACAUUUUGCUGGGAAUAGUUGCAGGUAUUCUGACGGCAGACUUUGCCUCUGGGGCAGUCCACUGGGGAGCUGACACCUGGGGAUCUGUGGACUUGCCCAUCUUUGGGAAGGCUUUUAUAAGGCCCUUCAGGGAACACCAUAUUGACCCCACUGCCAUCACCCGUCACGACUUCAUUGAGACCAAUGGAGACAACUGUAUGUUGACCCUGAUACCUUUGGCAAACAUGGCCUUCAAAUUCUUCACACUCUCCUCUGUGGAGCUGUAUCAUAGCUAUCCCUGGCACUGCUAUAUCUUUGCCCUGGCUAUCUUCGUCACGCUGACCAACCAGAUACACAAGUGGUCGCACACCUACUUUGGCCUGCCCUGCUGGGUCACCUUCCUCCAAGACUGUCACAUCAUCCUGCCUCGCAAGCACCAUCGCAUCCACCACGUUACCCCACACGAGACCUAUUUCUGCAUAACCACAGGCGUGCAAGUUCCUCGUAACUUCCGGCUGCUUGAGGAGCUGGAGGAAGGGCAGAAAGGCGUGGGAGACGGGACGGUGAGCUGGGGUCUGGAGGAUGAUGAGGACAUGACGCUCUCGCGCUGGAGAGGGAUGAUCGUCGGCCCCCCGAGGACAAUGUACGAGAACAGGAUGUACAGCCUCAAGGUGGAAUGUGGUCCCGGAUACCCCGACACGCCGCCCUAUGUCAGAUUUGUGACCAAGAUCAACCUAAAUGGCGUGCACAACUCCAGUGGCGUGGUGGAUGCCAAGGUGGUUUCGGUGCUGGCUAAGUGGCAGAACUCGUACACCAUCAAAGCAGUCCUGCAGGAACUUCGCCGUCUCAUGAUGUGCAAGGAGAACGUGAAGCUUCCCCAGCCACCAGAGGGACAGAUCUACAGCAACUAAGCCCCUCUCUGGCCCCCUUCAUCCCCCAUCAGCCCCAUUCAGCCCCCUGUUAUCCCUGGUGAGCCCGCCUCAAUUCCCUGUAGGCCUCGUUCAGCUUAGUCCCCAUGAGCCCCAUUCAGCCCUGCUGGGCCCCCAAGGCCCCUUUCACCCUGCUGCCCCCCCAAGCCCUGUUCAGCCCUGCUUGGCCAUGCAGUCUUGAGUAAACCCUACUGAGCUCCCAGUUGUCCCCGUCCCGCCCUUCUCCGCUUCUAUCCAGCCACCACUAGCCCUGGUGAGUCCUGAUCAGUCCUGCUGAGUUUUACAUUCAUCCUUCCCCCCCCCCCCCCCCGACUGCACACACACACACACACACACACACACACACACACAGACCACUGCUUCCUCUACCCAGUGCAACCGGGACUUGGAAAUCCCCCCCCCCACUCCUCUCUCCGCCACCUCUCUUCUCCCCUCCCCUACCCCACCUGUAGCUGCAGCCACUGGCCACUCCUCCCUGGACGAACAGACCAACAGACGGAUGGACUCUGCAGCAGACCAGACCAUUUCAAUACUGUACAUCUUACUAAUCUUUUUUUAUUAUUAUUUGUUAUAAAUGCAGACUGUAAAAUAACAUGAAUAAUCUUAUUGAGUGUACCUGCCCUGUGUGUCUGCUGCUUUCUUCAUUCGUAGGGUAGCGAAUAUUCAUCCACGCGAGUGACCGGUGAGGAGAGCCCUAUGGCUAUGCCGAGGAGAGCCCUAUGGCUAUGCCGAGGAGAGCCCUAUGGCUAUGCCCAGGAGUCCCUUGCAUACUAAUCUGGCAUUGAUGCAUGUUUAGUCUGCGUCGAAGAUGCUGCUUUUUUUCUGUCUGAUCCUCCUCGCAACUUCUCCAUGAAAUAGGGAGAAUUGGAUUUGGUAGACGCGCAUUUUGUUUUGCUAUUACAUAUAGGUACGAAUUGUGCUCUACCGGUGUUUUCGCUCGUGUGGUUAGUGUGUUACGCUUGUGAAUGUAUUUUUGAUGGGGCUGCUCAACAAGCCUUCGGAAGGAAGGCUGUCUUCUCGCCCCAUAUUAGCUACUCUGUCCUUUGUGCUAAUUGUAAUCUCUUUCCUUUCGUCCUACCGGGUUAAUGGCCCACCCAUCUGCUUCGACUCUCUGAGGAGAGCAGAGUGAGACGCUACGGGCAGUUAGCCUUUCUGGAGGGCAUGAGAUGACUAACGAUAGCUCUUGCUCCCGUGUGACCAUCAACCUCUCGCUGCUCUGUCCUCUGUUGUUAGCACUGGAGCUGCAAUGUCAGAAUACGCUUUAGCACAAAACGGCAUGGUCUCGGUGGAGACCCAAGGCUGGUUUCAGAUGCACCAGGGUUGCCACCAGGGUUGCCUUGUGAACAUUUUUGUAGUGUCUGCUAAAGUCGGUGAAAUGCCAUCUGUGUGAACUUGGCUACAUUUGGCUUGCUACAUUUUCUAGGUAACUAGGACAUAGCCAGGCUAUAUCUGAGUAAAACCUGAACUAUAUUGAGGUUAAAUUAGUUUGUCAAAGCCUCUCAACCUAGAAUUGUGACGUCUAGAGCCCUUCUAUUGCACACUGGGUACUGUGUUCCAGUUACUGUAGGUUGAUGGUGACGUGGUAGGCUUAUCAGGUGGAAGUAGUAUCUUGACCUCAUGGCUUCUUUGGGAGCCGCCCUGUUUGGUGUAGGUACUUGGAUGACUGCCAGUAAUUUUGCCAUGUUUUUUGCAAAUGUUUUCCACUUUAUGCUGUGAUGAUCAUUGAGCUGUCUGAGCAUAUUGGUCAAAGCCAAAACUGAAAGUAUGGUGACCUGGGUAUGGAACUGCUGCCCUAGAAUAUCUGUUACAUUUGGGACUGUUCAUUCUUCAGAGACAAUCUCCUCACCAUUUUGGAGAUGACCGCAAACUAAGUCCGUAUGUCAGUGUGCGGCUGCGGAUCCGUGUUCUCUGGUAAAGCUGAAUGUUAGAACAGUCCCCCAUUCUCAAAAGGUUUUCAGUUUUGCGCUUGGUAGAAACGCCCUGGAGUUCAUUAUGUGCGUGUGACUCUCAUACGAUUGUCAUGCGCUUAGACAGGCGUAAGCCUGUGGAGAGGGGUGGAUUUUGAUUUGUUUUUUUGUUUUUUAUGUGGAGAGAAAUGUGUGCUUUGAUGGGGAUUGAAAGACAGUGCACUCAAAUUACAGGUCAUAUGCACUUCAAAACUUGAAUCCCUGAUGAAUUCCAGUGCCAUCACACAACUUUCAUGUAAAAGCACAUUAAAACAACGGAUCGUA